AUUUGAAAUCUCUCUCUCCCUCCCUCUCUCCGGAUUUCAUUCCUUCUUUCUUUCUGAGGGAACCUGUGUGUCUCAGUGAUGGAAGAUCUUCAGAAUUUGGAUCCAGAAACAGAGUUUCUCGCCUCCAACCAGCAAACAGGAAAUGAGUGGGAACUCUUUAAGGAGAACGUUAAACCCUUGAAAAGAGGUCGUAAUAUUGGCCUCUUAAAUAACGCCCUCAAAUCCCAGUUCGAUAAUGGACUUAAAAAAUCUCUCCUUGAAAACCGAAGGAGGUUGAUUGAGGCGAUUGAUGAGUACCAAGGAGAUGAUCCUCUCCAACCGUGGCUUCAGUGCAUCAAAUGGGUUCAGGAGUCUUUCCCCUCUGGUGGAGACUGUUCAGGCAUUGUGGUAAUUUUGGAACAAUGUGUGCGUAUAUUUUGGCACACAGACCGCUACAAGGAGGAUGCCCGUUACCUUAAAGUGUGGUUGGAAUAUGCAGAGAAUUGUGCUGAUGCUGAAGUGAUAUACAAUUUUCUCGAUGCAAAUAACAUUGGGCAGACACAUUCUUUGUAUUAUACAUCAUAUGCUUUGCAUAUGGAAUCCAAGAAUAAAAUGAAAAGUGCAAAUGACAUCUUCAAUCUUGGCAUAUCGAGGAGGGCACAACCUAUUGAAAAAUUAGAAGCUUCUUACAGGAAAUUUCUCACACGCUCGUUGAGAAAACAAAAUACUACUACGGAAGAGGACUCAACUGAAAAUCACUUACCAGUUAGAAGUUUUGGCACUCUAUUGUCCAAUGGAGAAGCCCCAGGAAGACAAAAUACAGAAAUUUCUGAUCCUGCAAGGAAAAAGUUGAAGCUGAAUAGGGCUCAUAAUGCUCCACUUUCGAUUUAUAAAGAUAGAAAUGAUUCUAUAACCCAGAGUCAUGAACCAUUAUCAAUGUUCGACAUGAGGACCUGGAACACACUUGGGACUCGAGCAGAGAGGAACAAAGAAAAUGCUGCCAUCCCUACCACGUGGGCGUCAAAUAAGAUUCCACAAAGACCAGGGUCUAGAUCUAGAGCCGCUGCAACAAGUGCUUGUAUUGAGGUUUUUGUUGAUGAGGAAUGUGCAGAAUUACCAACAACCGUUAAACAAGAUGGGAAUCCCUCGGUACUGCAACUUAAACAGGGUGACAGUAAAGACCUUAAGAAGGAGACAGAGUUAUUGAAGGAAAACCCAUUACGCAAUUUCCCUCUAAACAGUUUUCCUCGUUGAUCAGAAAACCCAUUAUUAUAUGUUGUAUCUUUGCUUACAUUGAUCAGCUUUUAUCUCUAAAGCUUGAUUCUUGACAUACUUCUCUAUUGGACGCAUAAAUGCUGAUAAGUGUUGCAGCUCUUCAUUUUUAAUC